AUGGCGGCCGCUGAUGGUGAUAUCGCAUCCCACUCGACGCACCCCUCUCUCCGCCGCCUCUCGUCCGAAUUCUCUGUCGCGCCACCGAUCUUGGACGAUCUGUCCUCGCGCUCGCACUCGGACCCCCUCGACAAAUACGCGCUGGACUCGGCCUGCUCCAUCCAACGGCCGCGUUCCGCGCCUGCUGAGGCCUCGCCGGCUCGCAGCACGGCUGAAUACGAUGAACUGCGCGAAGAUGCGUGGUUCGAUGGUGUGAUGGACGACCUCGACUGGUCAGAAGAGCUCGAUCCGGCGCCAUCACCUGGCGCUGGGCUCAGCCUAUGGGCGCCUAGCGAAGUCAACGGGCCACCGCCGGUGCGCACCGAUGGAUAUACCACCCUUUAUCCGAUCCCAGAGCUGCGGGAUGCUACGAUGGACUGUCCUAUGUAA